GAGGGCCUUGCGGUCGUGGACGGAACAAUUCCCGUACCAGGCCUUGAUGCAACCGGUCAGGACUUGAUUGACUGUCUGUCAUACAAUUUUUGCAGCACCUGACACAUUAUUGAUAAACUGGAGACCGUGCGAAUAUGCACCAUGACACUGAGGAGGACAAUAGCAGCGGAGCAUCCAACACGCGCUUCGGGCAGGUAGGUUUGGGGUGCAUCACAGUCUAAAGUGGCUCCAAAUCCUUUCUUCUUUCAUGUCAACACUGAUGUGAAAGAUUUGGACAAGGAAAUGCGUCAUCUAUCCUUUGUUUUCAGAUCAGUUAAAGCUGCAAUAUGUAACUUUUUGGGUGACCCGACCAAAUUCACAUAGAAAUAGAGAUGUCAUUCUCAUUGAAAGCAAGUCUAAGAAGCAGGAUAUCUGUUCUAUGUGUGCUAUUGCUAUGCUUCCAUUUAAGUUUAGUUUUUGCGUCUUUUACUUUAAAAGUACAAUAUCUUUGGUUAUGGGAAAUAUUUCACAGCUGUUUAGAUGGUACAAUUAUUCUCUACAUUAUGCUUGUUUUGUCACAUAAAUGGAAAUUAGGCAAACUAUUAGAAUUUUAGCAACCAUGAAAUGGUGGAGCGAAUUCUGCAUAGUGCAUCUUUAAGAUGCAGGAAAAGAAAGCCCCUUUAGACUAUCCAUCCAAAUGAAUAAAAACAGUGUAGGAUGUUGUCCAUUUUUGCUUUAAAAUAUCAAGCAAACAUCAUCAACCAAGACUUUAUCUUUCCAGUAUAACUAUACUGCAGAGGAGUACCAGGCGGUCCAGAAUGCACUGCGACAGAAGCUGGGACCUGAGUACAUCAGCUCCAGGAUAGCUGGAGGGGGCCAGAAGGCAAGGCCAUGUCACACACACUUUUUUGUUGUUGACAUCCUAAUCCACCCAAGAGAAAACUAACCAAUAAGUACACACUUCAUCAUCACCCUUCACCAACUAAAACGCCUGCUUAGAACUAAAGACAGUGUUGUCCUUGUUGCAGGUGUGUUACAUCGAGGGGCACCGUGUGAUCAGCCUGGCCAAUGAGAUGUUUGGAUACAACGGCUGGUCUCACUCCAUCUCCCAGCAGAAUGUCGGUAGGAGAGCUGGAGCAUCGCUAGCUAUUCAAGAGUAUAUUUAGACACUUACUUGUGUCUUCAGUAUCUUUAGUGUAACCUUUAACCCAUACGUAAAAAUGUAUGCACACAUGACUGUAAGUCGCUUUGGAUAAAAGCGUCUGCUAAAUGGCAUAUUAAUUAAUAUUUAUUUAUUAUUUAUUUAUGACCCACUGGGUACUGUAUAUGAAUGUGUCAGUGUAAUGCACAGUCACAUCACAGUGACGGACUGUGUCUCCUCACAGACUUUGUUGACCUCAUCAAUGGGAAGUUCUACGUUGGAGUCAGUGCCUUUGUCAAAGUCCAACUCAAGGUUGGUGAUGGGCAGAGAAGUCAACCAUUUUUCAUUCAAAUCUGCAGUGCCAAUGUUGGCUCUUCCCAGUUUUGGAAGUGUGUUUCAAGGGAGGGUGCAAUGAGUUGUGUGUUGUUUGGCAAUGCGGUGCCGACAUUUGGUUAUUAGGUUUACCCAUUAAAUAGUUGGGAGCAUAUAUAGUACAUCAGUGCAUUUGGAAAGUAUUCAGACCCCAUUACUUUUUCCACAUUUUGUUAUGUUACAGCCUUAUUCUAAAAUUGAUUAAAUAGUUUUUUCCCCCCCUCAAUCUACACACAAUACCCCAUAAUGACAAAGCAAAAACUGGUUUUUAGAAAUCUUGCCCAUUCUUGCCCAUUCACCCUCUGAAAAAGGCUUAAAAAUCAUUCUUUAACCUGUCUCCUCCCCGCCAUCUACACUGAUUUGAAGUAGAUUUAACAAGUGACAUCAAUAAGGGAUCAUAGCUUUCACCUGGAUUCACCUGGUCAGUCUGUCAUAGAAAGAGCAGGAGUCCUUAAUAUUUUGCACACUCCGUGUAUAUAGUGUACAACUUUCUUAUUUUUUAAAAUACAGUUUACCCCCUUUUAGUCAGCACCUAUACAAACAUUUUUGGGUGUGUGUCAGCUCACGCUUUUGACUAUAAUAAUGUAUUUCACACACUUAUUACUAAGUGUGUUUGGUGUGCCUCUCUCCACCUAGGACGGGUCGUUCCAUGAGGACGUUGGCUAUGGGGUGAGCGAGGGACAAAAGUCCAAGGCCCUGUCACUGGAGAAGGCCAGGAAAGAGGCGGUCACUGAUGGACUGAAAAGAGCACUCAAGUACGGGGGGAGAUACUGUACACUUCAUGUAACUUACUAUUAACUACUUUUUACUGUGUGUGUGUGUUAGUGUCUGAGUUUGUUAUAGUUCUGAUAUUUGAUCCCCCGACCUUCCAGAUGUUUUGGAAACGCCCUUGGGAACUGCAUCAUGAAUAAAGAAUACCUCAUAUCCAUCAACAAGAUCCCUAAACAGGUCAGAUACUGUUCCCCUGUCAACUGUCAUUUACAUCCAUCCAUCCUUUCCAGUGUUCACUGUCUCUGUCUCUCCCAGCCUGCUCCCCCUCUGGACCCGGCCCAGACCAAGCGUUCUGACAGUGAGCCGUCAGUGGAGAAGGCCCGGUUCUCUAGCCUGGCCCGGUGUGAGGGGGCUGGGCCUGGGUCAGGGCGGGCACCACUGGAGCAGCCCAGGGCCCACCACCACCACCAGAUUCCCCCACGGGAGCACAGGGACAAUGGAGGGGGAGCCAGGACCUCUCUCUCACACACCCCUAAUUCUGCCUCUGGACCUGUUGCCCCCUCAGCUCCAUCAGACAGUGAGAACAAGCGCUGUAGUCUUGUCGUGUAAGCAACAGCAAAAUGGCUAACUCUCAGCCUAACCUUUCUUGUGUAUUGGUUUUAUUACAGGUGUGUGUCUCUAUAUUUCCUCUCUCUACCCAAACUCUUACUCUCUCCUCUGUUCCUCUUUGUCUUAUCACCCCAACUCUCUCCUCCCUCUCCUCCCUCCCCCCUCCUUCAGGUCUUUAUCAGAUGCGGAGGACCUCUCUCUCUCUGACGCCCACACAGACCCCAAGCAGCUGAGGAAGCUCAAGCAGCAGCAGCUACAGCAGAAGUUCCGCCAGGAGAUGGAGGCGAGAAAGCUCCUGCAGGGACAGGGACAACCUCUACCCCAGCUCAAGACAGAGGGCCCAGACACAGCUGUUGCACAGGCACCCAGUGGAGCUCAUGGUAAGACAAUAAGCAAGUAAGAAAAUAUAACUAUAUUUUGGAGGACCAGUGCUUGACUUGGGCAGGAGCACCAGCACCUCAAAUGUUCUACUGCUUGAGCUCCUGUUCCUUUUAUAGAAUAUUAGCUCAAAGUAUUGUAUAAAUAUAAACAGUACCGGUACCCAUUUCAGUCCAAGUCAAGCACUGUGGAAGACCAUAAAAUUAGUGUUAGCAAGAAAUGUCCAGGUUCUGUAUUAAUGCAAUAUGGCGUGUGUGUUAGUCAUGUUCUUUAAAUUAGUGAGAAUGAAUCUGUGUAUGUGAGUGUUUCUGUUAGUCUUGUACUAGUGUUGCCAUGCUCUUUUGGAAUGGGAUAUCUCUCUCCUUCCAGGUAGGUUUAGCACCCCUGACCAGGGACAGAGACCCACAAUGGCUUACAGCACCCCUAGUGGCACAAAGAACCCUGCAGCAGGGACGAGUAUCUGGCCGGUACCGUAAACAACCACCAGGGGGCUCAAGUAGAAAGAAUGGGAGCUACUCUGAAAAUGAUUCAGAUUACGCAUAUCUACAAUGCAUGCUGGUGUUGCGGAAAUCUACCUACCUAUGCUGCUAUGUUGGUGUUUUUGAUGUUACUUGUGUACCUGUAUACUGUGGCUGCUUCUAGUUGUUACUAUUGUACUAGGGACUAUAAAAUCCCCAUAGUGUGACAAUAUACUGUAUAUCCACUAAAACACUUGCCCCCCCCUCCUAGAUGACCCAGAGCUGUGGGACUUCACUCUAGACGGCAUCCAGGAGUUGGAGGCCCCAGCAGGUGGACCUUCAUCAUCAUCCUUGUUACGGCCCAGCACGCCAGGGGGGAGUCACCAAAUGCUGACCCGCAGUAAGACACCUCAGAGAGGGGCUUCACCAUCCCUACGACCCCCUGUCAGGCCCCACGAGCCCCCACCACACGGCCAAGGACAUGGGGGACACCAACCCCAGUACAGACCCCAAAAUCAGAACCAGCCCCCCAGGACAUCUGACAGGGCAGGUGAGACUGGACUGGGUAAUGAAUGAGCUGCUUUAAAAUAGUGGACAUUAUUAACCCUGCUCCUGGGGAACUACUGGGUGUGCAGCCUUUUGUUUCAGACCUACACUAACACAUCCGAUUAAUCUAAUCAACACCUUGAUUAGAUGAAUCAGGUGUUGUAGCAAUGUAAAGUACCUUCAAUUUAAACAGUUUGAGAAACAUUCUUAUUAUUGGUACAGCAUUUUCUAGAUUGUUAUUAAUUCCCUUUUCUUCUGUCACAGGUGAGGCAUUCAGUCCAUGUAGGCAAGGACAGUACUUGAAGAAACGCAAGCUGGACCCUUGAGAAAGGGCUGUUUUCACAGUCACCUAAAAGCCAUUUUACCAACAAGUCCUAAUUUUAAUUUGUUUUAUUUUAAUUGAUAUGUUGAGUAUAUGGGCAUCUCUUGUUGCUGCUAAAUGUAAAGAAAAGUUUAUAUUUUUGUAAAUAAAUAAAUCAGUGAUUCCUGUUUGCCUUUCAAAAAUCUGGAAUAUUCUCUUACAUGUAAGUGUAUCCACUUGUAACCUUUGUUCUGAAUGUAAUGUUCUAAUCACGUUCCUGAACGAUAAGAACAUUACAUACCUUCAAUGUUACAGGUCUGGGAUCCUGGCCACACACCAACCUCAUUGGCAGAAAUAAGCCUCAACUAGGCCCACUUGGUGCAUGUAAAAGAUGAAACAAUAGGAUUUCAGUUGUAUUUGUAUUUUUUACAUUUUGUACAAUGUGA